AUGGCGGCCAAAGGGGCCCGGCAGCGGCCGCGGGCAGGAGGAGGAGGAGGAGGAGGGGGCGGAGGGGAGGCGGCCCGCUCGCGGCCGGAGGCGGCGGGCUCAGAGGAGGCUCGGGCGGAGCCGUCCGGGAGCAAGGCGGGGCAGGUGUGGGCCCCCGAAGGAUCCACGGCCUUCAAGUGUCUCAUCUCGGCCAGGUUCUGCGCUGCGCUUCUCAGCAACAUCUCUGACUGCGAUGAGAUCUUCAACUACUGGGAGCCGACACACUACCUCAUUUAUGGGAAGGGGUUUCAGACAUGGGAGUACUCUCCAGCCUAUGCCAUCCGCUCUUAUGCGUACCUGUGGCUUCAUGCCCUACCAGCCUUGUUCCACGCUAGAGUCCUGCAGACUAACAAGGUUCUUAUCUUCUAUUUCCUACGAUGCUUCCUGGCAUUCCUGAGCUGUGUUUGUGAACUCUACUUUUAUAAGGCUGUGUGCAAGAAGUUUGGACUACAUGUGAGUCGUCUCAUGUUGGCUUUCUUAGUACUCAGCACAGGGAUGUUUUGUUCAUCAGCAGCUUUCCUCCCAAGCAGUUUCUGCAUGUAUACCACGAUUAUUGCCAUGACUGGUUGGUAUAUGGACAAGACCUCUGUAGCAGUGCUAGGCAUAGCUGCUGGAGCACUAGUGGGCUGGCCUUUCAGUGCAGCUCUUGGGCUUCCCAUUGCCUUUGACUUGUUAGUACUGAAGCAGAGGUGGAAAAGCUUCUUAAAUUGGUGUGUGGUGUCACUGAUCCUGUUUCUGGUGCCCCUGGUAGUUGUGGACAGCUAUUACUAUGGGAAGCUGGUAGUUGCACCUCUCAACAUUGUUUUGUACAACGUCUUCACCUCCCACGGACCUGAUCUCUAUGGUACAGAACCAUGGUCCUUCUAUUUCAUCAAUGGCUUUCUGAAUUUCAAUGUGGCAUUUAUUUUGGCACUGCUUGUGCUACCACUGACUUGUCUCAUGGAGAGUCUGCUUCAGAAAUUUCAUGUUCAGAAUCUGGGCCGUCCCUACUGGCUGACACUAGCUCCGAUGUACAUUUGGAUCAUAAUUUUCUUCAGCCAGCCCCACAAAGAAGAGAGGUUUCUCUUUCCCAUCUAUCCUCUCAUAUGUCUCUGCAGUGCUGUAGCUCUGUCUGCUCUUCAGAAGUGUUACCACUUCAUAUUCCAGCGCUAUCGCCUGGAGCACUACACGAUCUCCUCCAACUGGUUGGCACUGAGCACUGUCUUUCUCUUUGGCCUUUUGUCACUGUCACGCUCUGUUGCCUUAUUCAGAGGCUACCAUGGGCCUCUGGACCUGUACCCAGAAUUUCACAGGAUUGCUACGGACCCAAGUAUUCACACUGUGCCAGAGGGGAGGCCAGUUAAUGUCUGCGUGGGGAAGGAAUGGCACAGAUUCCCAAGUAGCUUUCUUCUGCCAGACAAUUGGCAGCUCCAGUUCAUCCUGUCAGAAUUCAGGGGCCAGUUACCCAAACCAUUUGCCAAGGGACCAAUGGCCACGCGGAUCAUUCCCACAGACAUGAACGACCAAAACAAGGAAGAGCCAUCUCGAUAUAUUGACAUUUCCAAAUGCCACUAUCUAGUGGACUUGGAUACAGCAGCUGAAGCCCCAAGGGAGCCAAGAUACUCCUCCAACAAAGAGGAGUGGGUAACCAUUGCCUACAAGCCAUUCCUAGAUGCUUCCAGGUCUUCAAAGCUGCUGCGUGCGUUCUACGUCCCUGUCCUCUCAGAAAGGUACACACAGUAUGCAAACUACACUAUUCUGAAAUCCCGCAGAUCGAAACAAACCAAGAGAAAAAUGGGAGGCUAGCAACACACCUGGGUAACAAAACCAACUGACACUCUGGGACAGCUGCCUAAGCCUUCUUCAGUUUCCUUUCUGAAAGAUUGUGCUUGUAAGAUCCACUUAAGAUCCAAUAAAGAUUUCCAUGAAGUGA